GAUCCAACCAAAUCUUGUGAGUAGUGUUCAGUGAUUUAAAAUCAGUUUUCUUUAUAUAUCCAAUGUAAAAGUAACAGUUGCUAAUUUUUAAAACGUUUAAUAAUUGGACAAAAUGAGUGACAACGAAGGUACUAUUAUGGAAGUCGAUGAACCAGAGCCAAAAACUGCUUCGAGUUCAACAAAGUCCAUAGGACAUUUGCCAUGGAUUGAAAAGUAUCGCCCGCAGACGUUCACGGACAUAGUUGGUAACGAGGAUACCGUGUCGCGACUGGCCGUGUUCGCGCGCACCGGCAACGCGCCAAACAUCAUCAUCGCAGGCCCACCCGGCGUCGGCAAGACGACCACCAUCCUGUGCCUGGCGCGGGCUUUGCUAGGCGCCUCAUUCCGCGACGCCGUGCUCGAGCUCAACGCCUCCAACGAUCGUGGUAUCGACGUUGUCCGGAACAAGAUCAAGAUGUUUGCACAGCAAAAGGUGACGCUGCCACCGGGGCGGCACAAGAUCGUGAUCCUGGAUGAGGCUGACAGUAUGACGGACGGCGCACAACAGGCGCUGCGACGCACUAUGGAGUUGUACUCGAGCACGACGCGGUUCGCGCUCGCCGCGAACAACAGCGAGAAGAUUAUCGAGCCUAUCCAGUCGCGGUGCGCCGUGCUGCGCUACUCGCGGCUCACCGACGCGCAAAUACUCGCUAAGCUAGUAGAGGUUUGCGAAAAGGAAAACCUGUCAUACACCGAGGAGGGCGUCAGUGCAGUGGUAUUCACGGCACAGGGCGACCUACGCUCCGCACUGAACAACCUACAGUCGACGGCGCAGGGCUUCGGCCACGUCAGCCCGGACAACGUUUUCAAGGUGUGCGACGAGCCGCACCCCAUGCUCAUCAAGAGCAUGCUGGAAUCGUGCUUGAAACGGGACAUCCAUGCCGCCUGCAAGGUGAUGGCGAAGCUGAGCAAGCUGGGCUACGCGGCCGAGGACGUGCUGAGCAACGUGUUCCGCGUGAGCAAGGCGCUGGACGCCGGCGAGGACGCGCGGCUGGCGCUGGCGCGGGAGGCGGGCCGCGCGCAGCUGCGCGUCGCCGACGGGCUGGGCUCGCCGCUGCAGCUGGCCGGCCUGCUGGCCCGCGCCUGCCGCGCCGCCGGGGCCGCGCCGCCGGACUGCUGACGCUGCAGUGCUUCUGUCUAGCGGAAUAGUAAGGGGUGCGGAAACUGAUGUAAAUAAAACCGAAUGCAACCAUUUGUAUCAUU